AUGCUCAAUAAUAUACCCGAUACGCGGAAUACACAGGAUAAGAUUAGAAGUUUUAUAACACCAAAUGAAGUAGUUGAUCUUGAUGAUGAAAAUGAAUUUGAAAGUAAAGAUAUUCCAGUGUCGCACGAAUCAUAUGAUUUAGGCCAACGACGCAAAUCAUCUGUAUAUUCUGCUCAAAGUGGAUCUAGCUCAAGUGUUGAAGUUCCACGAAGAAAUUCUACUGUUGAUAUGGUGAUGCAUCAUCUAUGUGUUGUUCAUCCUGGUUAUCAUUCUCAUGAAAAGAAAAAUAUGAGACGUGAAAUACAACAACGACGAAAUAUUGAUGCUUAUAUUUAUCAUACUGUACCGAUAAGUAGUUUUGAUGAACAAACAUCAAUAAAAUAUUCAGAUUUUGUUCAACGACCAAUAUUUGAAGGUAUUCGUUUGGAUGCUAUUCGAUCACAAAGUCCAUGGCUUCGUUUAUUAGCUGAAUGCCUUGCAGAAUUAUUGGGUACAGCUAUCCUUGUUUUAUUCGGAUGUUCAGGCAUUGCUCAAUAUACUCUUUCACGUGGUGUUCUUUCAAGUUUUUUAUCGGUUAAUUUUGCUUUUGGUUUUGGAGCAAUGAUUGCUGUCUAUGUUGCCGGUCCUGUAUCAGGUGCUCAUAUUAAUCCAGCUGUAUCAAUUGCGAUGUUAAGUUUACGAUCAAUUACACCAUUACAAUGUAUUGCCUAUAUUUUAUCUCAAUUUCUUGGUGCAUUUAUUGCGGCUGGUUUAGUAUUUGGAACUUAUUUUGAUGCAAUAAAUCAAUUUGAUCAUGGUGUACGAAAGGUAACAGGUGUAGAAGCAACUGCUGGAAUAUUUGGUACAUUGCCUGCACAAGGUGUCAGUCAAAUCUCACUUUUCUUUGAUCAAGUUCUUUCAACAGCUCUUUUACUCAUUGCUAUUUGUUCAUUAUCAAAUAAACGAAAUAAACUUGUAGCUAAUGCUCAAAUACCAAUUGCUGUUGGUUUUAUGAUAACUGCGAUUGGUGUUGCUUUUGGAUACAACUGUGGUUUUCCAAUUAAUCCAGCACGUGAUUUUGGUCCACGUUUAUUUACUCUUUGUGUUGGUUAUGGAUCAGAAGUAUUUUCUGUUGGUAAUUAUUAUUUUUGGAUACCAAUUGUAGGACCAAUAUUUGGUGGAUUAAUUGGUACAUGGGUUUAUCAUGGUUAUAGUAAAUUAAUGAAAGUACAUAUUGGUGAAGAUGAUAGAGAAAUAGCUCGUGCACGUUAUCAAGUGGAUUUACAAAAUAUAACACGCAUGUAA